AUGCUCGUCCCAACCCCUCUCUGCCUUUGUGCCUAUGCUCGUCCCAACCCCUCUGCGCCUUUGUGCCUAUGCUCGUCCCAACCCCUCUGUGCCUUUGUGCCUAUGCUCGUCCCAACCCCUCUGUGCCUUAGUACCUAUGCUCGUCCCAACCCCUCUUUGCCUUUGUGCCUAUGCUCGUCCCAACCCCUCUCUGCCUUUGUGCCUAUGCUCGUCCCAACCCCUCUGCGCCUUUGUGCCUAUGCUCGUCCCAACCCCUCUGUGCCUUUGUGCCUAUGCUCGUCCCAACCCCUCUCUGCCUUUGUGCCUAUGCUCGUCCCAACCCCUCUCUGCCUUUGUGCCUAUGCUCGUCCCAACCCCUCUCUGCCUUUGUGCCUAUGCUCGUCCCAACCCCUCUGUGCCUUUGUGCGUAUGCUCGUCCCAACCCCUCUGUGCCUUUGUUCCUAUGCUCGUCCCAACCCCUCUCUGCCUUUGUGCCUAUGCUCGUCCCAACCCCUCUGUGCCUUUGUGCCUAUGCUCGUCCCAACCCCUCUGGCUUUUUCCUCUGUGCCUCGCCAUGCACAUAAUCAAAUCUCAACCCCUCUGUGCGAUGCUAGGGGUGUAAGGCCGCUGCAGCCCAUCCCGCCGCAGCCCAUCCCGCUGCAGCCCAUCCCGCUGCAGCCCAUCCCGCUGCAGCCCAUCCCGCCGCAGCCCAUCCCGCUGCAGCCCAUCCCGCUGCAGCCCAUCCCGCUGCAGCCCAUCCCGCUGCAGCCCAUCCCGCUGCAGCCCAACCCGCUGCAGCCCAUCCCGCUGCAGCCCAUCCCGCUGCAGCCCAUCCCGCUGCAGCCCAUUCGACUAAAAAACUGUCUCAUCUGUUUAUCAUGGAUGAGUAAUGAUCCCUCUGUGCCAUUUGGUACAACCCUCUGUCGCUCCAUCCCUCCUUGCUUCAUCCCUCCUUGCUUCAUCCCUCCUUGCUUCAUCCCUCCUUGCUUCAUCCCUCCUUGCUUCAUCCCUCCUUGCUUCAUCCCCCCUUGCUUCGUCCCUCCUUGCUUCAUCCCCCCUUGCUUCAUCCCUCCUUGCUUCAUCCCUCCUUGCUUCAUCCCUCCUUGCUUCAUCCCCCCUUGCUUCGUCCCUCCUUGCUUCAUCCCCCCUUUCUUCAUCCCUCCUUGCUUCAUCCCUCCUUGCUUCAUCCCUCCUUGCUUCAUCCCUCCUUGCUUCAUCCCUCCUUACUUCAUCCCCCCUUGCUUCAUCCCUCCUUGCUUCAUCCCCCCUUGCUUCAUCCCUCCUUGCUUCAUCCCUCCUUGCUUCAUCCCUCCUUGCUUCAUCCCCCCUUGCUUCGUCCCUCCUUUCUUCAUCCCCCCUUGCUACAUCCCUUGA